AUGAAAGGAGCAACAGUAGUACCUUCAACUGAAACUAAUCAAACAAAUCAAGUAACAGUUAGUUUUCAAAAUCUUACAUAUUAAGUGUUUGUAAAGAAUCCUAAAGGAGUCUCAGAAUAAAGAACAAUCCUUAACAACUUAUCAGGAAUCUGUCAUCCAGGUUAAGUAACAGCCAUUUUGGGUGCAUCUGGAGCAGGGAAAACAUCGCUGUUGAAUAUUUUAGCAAAAAGAAUAUCUAUAGCUAGGAAUAUUUCUUUGCAAGGUGAAAUAUAGGCAAAUGGAUAACCUUAUAACAGCGAUUAAUUUGCAUAGUUUUCAUCCUAUGUUAUGUAGAAUGAUGUUCUAUUUGGAACAUUAACUGUAAGGGAAACAUUUGAAUUUGUAGCCAAUUUGAAGUAUGGGGAUCCAUAAUAAAAGGUGGAUAAAGUGGAAUAUGCAAUUAAGACUUUAAAAUUGGAGCGUUGUUAAAAUACAUUAGUAAAGAUUUAAAGUAAUUUAAUAAGAUUGGUAACGCUCUUAUAAAGGGUAUAUCUGGAGGAGAAAGGAAAAGAACAUCAAUUGGAGUAGAAUUAGUUAGUGAUCCAUAUUGUAUCAUGUUAGAUGAACCAACAUCAGGUUUAGAUUCAUUUACAGCAUUUGUUAUUAUGUAGAUAUAUAUUUAAUAAUAUUUGAAUAGUAAUUUACUAAAGAAACUGGCUUAAAGUUCAGGUAGAACUAUAAUAUUUACUAUUCAUUAACCAAGUGCAGAUAUUUAUACAUUAUUUGAUUAAGUUAUGCUUUUAGUGUAAGGAAGAUUUAUUUAUCAGGGGAGGAGAGAUUAAAUGGUUGAUUAUUUUAAAAGAAUAGGUUUUGAAUGUCCAGCUCAUUCUAAUCCUUUAGAUUAUUUGAUGAGUGUGAUGCAUCAUGAAGAUCCUAAUCAUCCUCAUUAUCAAACAUUAUUUAUAAAUUACAACAAUUAAUUUGAGAAUUAGAUUUUAAGUUAGAUCUAGACUAUUAAGAAAUAAUCAAUACAAAGAUAGACAAUAUAAACUACAUUUGCAUUUCAAGUGAAGGAAAUCUUUAGAAGAGGAAUGAUAAAUAUGAAAAGAGAUAAAGUGUUGGUUAGAGGUAGAAUAGUAAUGACUAUAUUUAUUGGAUUAUUAAUUGGGGGAAUAUUUUGGACUGCUGGUAGUGAACCUGGUUAUAAAGGGAUUUAAAGUACAAUAGGAGUUUUAUUCUUUUUGGUUAUGAGCAGUUUUAUGGGAGCAUUAAAUCCAGUUAUUAUAUAAUUUCCAGAUGAAAGAGAGGUAUUUUUAAGGGAAGAGAAUUCUAAACUUUAUACAACUGCUGCUUAUUUUACUGGUAAAAGUUCUGUUGAGAUUCCUUUUCUAUUAAUCUUUCCUAUAAUUCAAUAAUUGAUAUGUUAUUGGAUGGUAGAUUUGAAUGAUAAAUCAGGAGAUAUUGUAAUAAUUAAUAUUAUUAUUUGUAUACUUCUUGGUUUAAGUGGAAAUAGUUUUGGUAAUUCUAAAUUAUUUAUUAUUUCUAGGAUUAAUGGCAGGAUGUAUGUUUACAGAUGUUAAAGCUGCUUCAGGUUUUCUACCUGUUGUUUUAAUGCCUUUGGUCAUUUUCUCUGGAUUUUAUGCUAAUUAAUCUUAAUAUAUGGAUUGGAUUGGAUGGAUUUAAUACUUAAGUCCAAUGAAAUAUGCAUUUGAAGCAUUAGUAUGGAAUGAAUUUGAUUCAAGAAGUGAUGAAUUUCUUGGUACAACUAUUUAAAAUAGUAAUCCUAUUGAUACAUAUGACUUAUCUCUAGGUUUAUGGAAAUGUUUAGUAAUUUUAGUAGCUAUUAUUCUGUUUUUCAGAAUUAUGGCUAUGAUGUUUUUGUAUUUAUUAAGAUAGAAAUAACAAUGA